CGUCCGCGGAGCAUCAACGACGUGCGCGUUCCUCCCGCGGCCGGACACGCCACACGCGCCGGUCAAGUCGUACGGCGGCGGCGCGCGCGCGCGCGAAGACGAUCGCUGCACCACACGCACCCGCGAGACACUCGCACCCACGUACAGUCGGUCGCCGCUGUUGUGGUCCGCGAGCCCCCCCCCCCCCCCACCGACGAAAUACACUCCGGUCCAGUCCCGUUCCGGAUCGACGGCCGAUACGUUUUUCGGGGAAAUUUUUUUGUCAUCAAAUUCAAACCCCCUCCCGACCCCAGAGAACCCUUUCCGUUAGCGUUUUAUACCACCCCGCUACCCCCUCCCCCAUCCACAGACGUUUGCAUUACGCCGUCCCCGAUGGGUUAAGCGCGGCGAAUGACCACUGUCACCGCCGCCGUCAUCGACAAAAUUACGAUCGUUGCCAUCGCACCAAACACAUGUUAAAGUUUAGUGUUUGGGGUGCCGGCGGCGGAUGCAAGGUCGAAGAGAUGGCGUGGUUUGUACACCGGUAGGGCAAACACGGAGGGGCUGAAGAGCGCCCUGGCCCGGCUUCGGCAGAGGACCUCUGGACAAUCCCAUGAGAACAACACUGCAGAACCCACUCGCCACCAUGCUCAUGCAAGUGGUGGAUGGACUCCAGCCGGCGUUGACGUGGUCAGCGGCACGGGCAAACACCGAAUGGCGGUUCUCGUGAGGAAGUCGGCGCCGGGUUCCCCCACGCCGUCGUCGGCUUCCAGUUACGGUACCGCGUCAUCCGGUAACGAUCUCAUCGCUAGCGCGUCCAGCGCACUGCGCCGGCUCCACUUCAAGUCUGCCGGCGCCCAACGCAUGCUCAACCGGACCAAACAGCAACAACAACAACAACAACAGCAGCAGCAGCAACAACAGCAGCAGCACCAUCAGAACCUGCAGCACCAACAGCCGCAAUCGCAGCAAUCGUCACCGGUGCCCAAGCUCAAUGUAUUCGGGUCCAGCUCGGUGUCCAUCGAAUCGUCGGCCACGGUGAACACCAGCACCGAUUCGUCCGCGGCCACCAUGACCACGGUUACCGACGACACGGAAAACGAGGACAAUUUCGACAACCCGUUCGAACCGAAAAUGCGCAUCAUUCCGAACCUGUUGGACGAAGUGCUCAACGGAACUCAGUCAUCGUCGUCCGCGGAAAAGGACGACGAGUUCUACAGCGCGUCUAGCACCGAGGAGCAGCCCAGGGACGACCCGAAGGCAGUGUUCACCGUCCAGGACACCGCACCCGAAGAAUACGAGGACAGCGGCAUGCCGCUGAUGCAGUACACUACGUUGCCGAGUAGCUUUCACCAUCACCACCACCACCACAACAACAACAACUACAACAACAACAACGACAACAAGGCCAACAACAACUACGGCAAAGACGACCGUGGCGUGGAGGAGAACACCAUCGCGGAAGCCGAGGACUUCCGGGCAGCCGACAGGGACCGGAACGCGGACGACGAUGCGGACAACACGCUGGAAUGGCGCAACAUCAUGAAGCGGCAAGCUCUGCUCGAGAACCUUCACCGAAACACCAUAAUAGCGAACAAGAGAUUAAAACUGCUUUCGAGAAGAUAUGCUAAAAGCCGGUUCGAAGAGGACAGGACUCGAACAGAGAUCGGUCGAAACUCGUCAGGUUUUGCCGCUGAACAGAUGACCAUCGACAGCGAAGACUCUUUCCAAGUAGACAAUGGGUCACCACCAAUUCCUUCGUCACCGACUGGUCUUCCAGGGUCACCUACUUGCGACGACGAAUCGUCGCCCACCAAGUCUAAACAGCAUUUUACGUUCCCCACAGUCAACGAAACAGACGAACCUAAUGAUGGAACCAAAAGGAGACCGUCGACGGUGUACAGCCGGACGCCAAACUGGAACAACAAGGAGCGGAAGAACUCGGCAGUGCUGCUGGACGCGUUGGUCAUCAACAAGAGCCAAUCUGCCGCAGUGGUCAUGUCGGACACCGGACAAGUGGCCACGAUUGUUGUCCAACAGCCGUCGUUGUCGGCCAACUCACCGGAACAGGGGCACGAAGGGUGUCAGACGGCACCCGUCGAACUGCCGAUCGACUUCAACCGGUGGCCCGACUUCGCCAACAGCAUAAGUUCGCAACAGUAUCACGACUUUCAGAUGAAGUAUGGGAGUCCACAUCAUAGCCGAUCUCAGAGUGUUCGGACGCCUGGCAGCAAAAGCACGGUACAAUUGCAAUUGGGACCCAACGGCAUACCCAAAAACCGUUCCAACCAACUUACCUUACCACAGCAGAGGUCUAGAGUGGCAAGUAUGCCAAAUACUGGUGUUGAAGAGGAAUAUUAUCGAAUCCGACAGUUUUCAAUCUCUGGCAAAGGGAUCAUCAACCGAGGAGAUUCGCUAAAAAGUCGGAGAUCAAAAUCCAACAACAGUGUUGCAUCCAGCAACUCUAGCACUGAACACUUGACGGCCACUAACUACACGGUGAUCGGCGUCGGCGGCGGCGGCGCUGGCGGCGGCGCUGGCGGUGGAGGUGGCGGUGGAGGUGGCGGUGGCGGCUCCUACCCGGGUUCUGCUAGGACCAGUGCCGGCACGUCGUUGGCGUCUUCCAGAGAGUCCAGUUGCGCCAGCUGUCCAGGGAUCACCCAGCCGUUCCGCAUAGCCAUGUUGGGUGCCACGGGCGUGGGCAAGACGUCGCUGGUGUGUCAGUUCAUGACAUCCGAGUCUCUGCACAUUUACGACGCUUCCAUAGACGAAGAUGGAGAAAAAUCUGUUUCUGUAUUAUUGGAUGCAGAAGAGUCGGAGUUAAUUUUUUUGGAUAAAUCUAAUGCGCCGGCGGAUUGUAAUGACGUGUUUGAGGAGUCCCCGCAUGCCUAUUGUAUCAUCUACUCGAGAAAUGAUUGGGACAGCUUCAAACAAGCCGAAGAAUGGCUACAAGCUUUGUGGAAAGCAGAUGUAGUCAGAAAUAAAGCUGUGAUAUUAGUCGGUAACAAAAACGAUAUUGUGAGACCAAACGUCGUGCCAUCAGGAGUUGGCAAACAAAUGGCCACUCGGUAUGACUGCAAGUUCAUCGAGACGUCGGUGAUCAUCAACUUCAAUGUGGACGAAUUACUAGUAGGCAUACUGACGCAGAUACGAUUGAAGUUGGACCAACCACCGGAACAUGGAGUGACCAGGUCUUCAUCAAUGCGCAAACGCUCCAAGUCGCCGUUAGGAAACUGCGGGCCAACGUUCAAGAAAUACAGGGGAUCCCGAACGUCUACCAGCCUCCGGGUGAAGGGACUGUUAAGCAAAGUGUGGGCCAGAGAUUCCAAGUCGAAGUCGUGUGAAAACCUACACGUGCUCUAAUGACGAAUUCGGAAAAGAAAAAAAAUGAUAAUUUUUUAUUAUUUAGGUACAUUUUGUAUUUUUCAUAUCAUUGUUUUUUUUUGCAAAACAAAAUGCUCCUUUUAAGAAAUAUUUCCCUUACAACCUCGGCAAAACGAUCAAAUCCCUAUCGGCGUGUACCGUAUACUAAUUUUAUUGUAUUUCAUAUUAUGUAAUAUUUUUUUAUAUUUUUUAUUGCUAUUAUUGUUUUUUCUUUUAUUAUAUUAACAUGUGCAGGCUGACCAAACCAAUCAUUGAGAAAUCCUCACCGAGCACCAUUCCUAGCUUUUGGAUUUAAGUUUAUAAUAAUUACAUUUGAUCAAAAACACGACAUUUAAAUUCAGCUUCAGCUAUGAAAGCUUAAAUUGUAUAUUACCUAUUUUAAUCAUCUAAUUUCCAGAUACGUCUCCGGAAAGUAAACUGAAUAGUAUAAUGUAUUCAUUCAGUAUCUACUUAUUGAUAACUUCACAAGAACAGAAGAAACGUACUUUUGUGUAAAUAUUGGUAGUUCGAUGAUAUCAGAAGUCUAUGUAAGCCUCGUUUUGUCUUUUCAUAGGCAAUUGAUUUUUGAGCAAAAAACUCUGAAAUCGGUUCUGAUCAUUAUUCGAUGCUAAAUAAUUUUAAGAUUAGUUAAAAUAUUGAUAUAACUUUAAGCUGUAGGAAUAAGGUUAAUCCAAGUGCAACUACUACGACAUGCCUGAGGAUCAUGGAAUAUCGAUUAACGAUAGUAUCUCAGCGCUUGGAUAGGUAGUAGUUAUCUUGGAUACUAUAGACAUAACAUUAAUUUUAAUUUAAUACUAUAAUCAUCUAAUUUUAAAUGGGUUUUGAAUUAUUAUUUCGUUUUAAACGUUACGCGUUUUUUUAUUUGUUGUUUUUACAGUCAUUAUUCUGACGAUAAUGAUGAUGGUUUUAAGGGACCAUUACUGUCAUUAUUAUUGCGAUCGCGUUCGUAAACAUAUUCAUUUUAUAUUUUAUAAAAUGUUGUUAGAACGCGUAUUUUGUAUUGCCAGCAGAAUCGGGGACCACGUAAUAUUGUUAGAUAGUAGUUUUACGCAAAUACACGUUUUAUUACGUAUUGUGUAUAAAUUAAUUUUCAAAUUAAGGUAGUUUUUUGUAACUGUAAUAUAUUUCUUUUCUAUUGUUUUCACUCUUCCCAAACGUUUUUCACGAGUUUUCACGUUCGCUUGAGUACCUACGUUCAUCUUUUUCUCUCAUAUUUCUCAUCGUCGUUUUCUUUGGUCUUUUACAUAUUAUAGCACCACGCAACAUACGAAAAAAGUGUCAGCACGUGCAAAAAAAAUAAAUAUAUUAAAAUAAAAAAAAUUUAAUAAUGUUUGAAAUGGUUUGGAAGAUUGGAUUGUUCGUCUUUGAGCACAGAAUUUAAAAAUAAAGCCGGUCUUGGAAAAUUGUUUUUUCUUUUUACAAAUAAUUGAUUUAAAGUUACCGUAAGCUAUUUAAACUAUAUAAAUAUGAAUCAUGCGUAUUUUCGUCAGUGGUACUGAAAACGGCAAUAGUAUCUAACCAUUUAUAACAUAUGUUUUUUAUUCAAAUGUCUAAUAAAAAUUAAAAGGCACAAAUGUAGAACUAAAAAAUACAAAUGUAAUACAUAUUUUUACACUUACAUGUUUAUUUGAAAAAUAUUUUAAUUAUGGAUGAUAUUUGAAGAGCUGCUCGGUAGGGAGAGUAAACUGUUUCAAACAAAUAAUUCCCAGUUAAAAUAUGUAUCGUUAUAAUAAUUAUGAUGACAUCAAUAUUCUGCAGACGGCCACAACUCUUAAGGAAACCAAUCUGAAACCUUAUCACGUCAUGUACCUACUUUAUACUUAAGCUUACGUGCAUUUCUCCAUAAGCACAAUCCUUUGACUCGUGUUCCCUAACAUAUACGUUAAAGGUAAACACACUAAGGCCUAAACACGAUAUAAUAUGUAUGAUACACAGUCUUCUAACACUAAAAUAUUAUAUACUUAAUCGAUAAAUGAUAAUAGUCACGCCGUAAAAGUUCGUGUUUAGCCUACAUUAUAAUAUUUUUAGCACUUGAUAAAUUUGGUCAGACCUAAACCUAGUCUCGGCAAUACGAAUUGCCCAGUGCCAGGUGUAAAGUGAUCAACGAACAAGACGUUUGUUAGACUUUAGUUUAAUUUUGUGUGCGUAUUACUCGCUAAUAUGUGUAGGAAUUAUUAAUGCAUUUUAAAGGGUAUAUUUUUCGUAUUGUUUAAAGUACGUUUAUAGAAUUUUCUUUUAAUAGUAUAGGGUUAUAAUAUAGUAUUAUGGUACUUACCUAGGUAUAUAAUAUUGGUAGGUAUAUCGGCUUACUCAAUUCGUUUCCAUACCUACGAAUCGAAUUGUUUUUCUUUUCUUUUUAAUGCAUAUUAUAUUAUGCACACGAAAAACAAUUCGAAGGAUAUCAUACUUGUAUAUGUAUCUCAAAUCUUCCAAAGCUGAUUCUUCUAUGAUUUUUUUCAAUCAUAUCAUUAUAUCAUAAUAUUAUAUAUACACAUAUCUAAACGUUGUGUAUAUUAUCCACGCCGUGUUUUGUAUUUAUACUACGUAUUAUUAUUUUAAGUUUGUUUCAUUCACACACUCCAGUCACUCCACUCAUCUGAAACACAUGUUUAGACAUUAAGCUAUUUGACGAUCUAUCGGUUUGUUACUGUUUUGUUUAUUUAGUGAUUUUUAUAUUGAUGAACACGACAUGGUCGUUCAUACAGUUCGGAGUAUCGGGUAUCAAGUAGAUUUAGACGCAUAUGAAUUGCAAAUAGCUUAUAUAUUUUUUCCUCGUAUAUUAUUAUAAUAUAACUACAAUUAUAAAUGUGUUAAUAAUUUAUGAUAAUUAUAUCAAUAAUAAUCACAUUUGUUUUAAAUAUUAUAUAAUAAUAACAAUAAUGUUAAGUUGUACAUCAAUCGAUGUUGUAAAAAAAAAAAAAAAUAUAUUUAUAAUUGUGCGUAGAUUGUAAAAUUUUUAAUAAUUAUUCAAAUUUUGAAUAAGGGUGAUAAUUUUUUUGUUUUUUCCUCUAUACUGUACGCAUUUACUUAGCAAGAUAUUAUUUAGUACACAUUAAAAAAAAUGUCAUAGCUUAUUGUUACUAUGGUUGUAUUAAGAUUGUAUAAUUUUAAACUUUCUUGUGAAAUAUACGAGUAACGAGAUUUAAAAUAAAUUUACUUGUGGAAUAGUUUUAGAGUAAAUACAAUUGUAAUAAAAAUAUAUAUAAAGACAUACGUCUAAUUCAGAGGUCAGAAGCAAUUCGCUUUAAAAUGAAAAUUCAUCUAUAGACAUACAUUUAACGAAUAAUAUUUUAUUCUUCCAUAACUCCGUACAACAAUUUUAAUUUCUCAAAAAUGUAAUUAUUUUAUACGACUUUUAAAUAUUAAGAUAAUAAUCUAAUAGAGUAGGUACAUAGAUACAUUAUCUGAUUUAACAUAUUUUCUGCAGACUGGUUGUAUAUUCAAUUUAACUCAAAGUAUUUAUUCUAUUAAUUAGGAUACAGCGUUCCAGUUAUAGUGAAUUCAUGGUUUACUUACACUGGCUACUACGAUUCAUAAUUUAAUGUAGCUAAGGUACCUAUUAGUUGUUUUAUUAAUAAUAUACACACCAGCAAUUUGCACAAAUCGUAUUUGUUGUUAUUGCUUCUGACUUUUUCCAUAAUUAUUUAUCUAGAAAUAAGAUGUGUUUAUAUAAAUAUCGUUAUGAUAAUUAAAUAAUAAGUUGUAUUAUUAUCUUAGAAAACAAAAUUAUAUACACGAUCAAUUAUAAGUUUCCAAGUGUUUUGAUUUUAAUUUUCCAAAUGUAAAAUGCAAAAUUGGUAAAAUAUUUUAUUACACUAAGGUGGACAGUUUUGUAAUUUCUAUUUAAUAAUUAUUUAUAAUAAACUAUUGAGACGAUUUUAAUC